CCUGUGUCUCAGAGGGGCUGACAGGUCCCGGGUGCAGAUCGCUCAUUUCCUUGAGGAGGGGAUGACCCUGCAGAGUCCCACGUGGGUGAGGCCGUUCGACGCCGUGCUGCAGAACCCCCGCUUCUCGCCCAUCGGGGUGAUUUGGAGGAAGAUUAAGACGAUGAAGAAGAAGAAGUCUCUGAUCCAUUCCCUGGUGCUGCUCUACCAGGCACAGAAGAGAGUGAAUCUGACCCUCCACCUCUACCUGAUCCCCAGCGACGGCUCCCGGAUCAAGGCAGUGGAGGCCUAUGAAGACAAGUGCCGCUCCAGGUUUGUGUCUAAGUCCCAUUUCACCACUCGACCCCUGUGCUUUGGUGCCUGCUGCGCCGUGUCCAGCCCAUCGGCGAUAACGGUGACGCCCAAGGAACUGCCGUUUCUGAACACGCACGCGGACGCCCCUCAGCCGUUCACAGAGAUCCACACUAAGGCUAUUGAGAACCAGCUGGAGCUCAGCCUGGUGGAGAAGAAUGAUGUGGAGCCGAUCUGGGAAGCCGUCCUCAGACCAGAACCAUCUCACAACUAGCCUCUGCUUGGUUGACACCAGCUCUUGGAUGAAAGCACCUGAACCCUGAACAAGAUGAAGUGAUAACAUCAGGAAGAGUAACAGAGUCAUCAAGACAAACGGGAAAAAGAGGCAGUUCUAACAGAUGAAUAAAAUAGCAUGGAACAACCUUCCACACAGACUCUGUCUCCUCGUUCUCAGCUGGAAACUUCUUUUUUCAAGACGGGGGCCAGAAUUAUGGAAAAAACCACCCGUUUUCAUACUCCAUGGCUGUUGCAUUUCUGCACCUAAGAAAACCAAAGGAAACAAUCAUUGAACUUUGAGGAAGGGACUUGCUGCCCUUCAGAGUUUGUUCAAUAAUGUAGCUGGAAGAAUGGGGUGAGAAAUUUUGCUUGA